UACAAAUCGCAGUUGAGGUUUAACAAGACUCAACCCUGUAGAAACAGAGAAGCAAACCAUAUAUGGCGGACGAAGAACUCAAUCCAGCUACACCUCCAUGUCUGCACCUGUUCUCAGCUUUUCUCGCCAUGGAGCCCUCCGACUCUCUCAUCGCCUUAGCUCGGGUUUGCGAUGAAGGGUCGGUUUCAGAAAGAGUACAGAGAUUCAUUUGGAAUCAUUGCAUAAGCAAAGUCUUUGGUUCAGUUGAAUGGUCGAUGCAGGAAGGAAAAUUUCAUGCACCUUAUUUAAAGAAUUUUCUGAAGAAGCUUAUUAGUGAAGCUGAGCGGAACUGCUGCACUGUUUUAGAUGAAAUAUAUGAGCAAUAUGCUUUUUAUAUGACUUCAUUAAAGGAUGAAAUUUCCGCGGGAGAAGCUAAAAGGGUCAACAAAUACAUUUCAUUUCUUUUUCCUGAGGAAAGUUUUAAAGUUUCAAGCUGUCCAAAGUCGAGGAAAUUGCUGAUACCGCUCCAAUGUUCCCUUAACAUGCUUGAAGGAGAUACCGGGUGUUCGGUUUGGCCAUCAAGUCUAUAUUUGUCAGAGUGUAUACUUUCCUUUCCUGAAUUAUUUUGUAAUAAAUCUUGUUUUGAGGUUGGCUCAGGAGUGGGUUUGGUUGGCAUUAGUCUUUCCCAUGUAAAAGCCUCUGAGGUGCUAUUAAGUGAUGGUGAUGUUUCAACUCUAGCAAACAUGAAACUUAAUUUGGAGUUGAACCACUUGAGCGUUGAAACUGAUGCACAGAAAAAUAUUGAAGACCCAAAGAAGGUAAAGUGCAUUCAUCUUCCAUGGGAAUCUGCAGCAGAGGAACAGCUUCAAAGCUUUAAGCCAGACAUAGUUUUGGGUGCAGAUGUUAUAUAUGACCCAGUAUGUCUCCCACAUCUUGUUCGAGUGCUUGCGACUCUUCUAAACCACACAAAAUCAUUUUCCGAGAAGGUGAGUAACAACUGCCAAGGCUCUUCAAUGAGAAGCACUUGUGUUGAUAGUAACUUGAAUGGCACUAACCACAAGCACAACAACGGUGGCAGCUUCAAUGUUAUUCCGGGGAAAACAGAAGGCGGUUUUGGUCUGAGCUUGACAUGGAGGAAAGGCCCAUUGGCUCUCAUAGCUUCUGUCAUUCGCACCAUUGAAACAUUCAAUUACUUUCUUACAUUGGUAGACAAGGCUAACCUUAGCAUCACAGACAUAACCGAAACACUCAAACCUGUGAACCUACUUCCUUACAUGAAGUCAUACAACAGAUCCAGUAUAAGGCUAUUUAUUAUCUCAUCUAAAAAGAGAACCUUGGGAAUGAAUGGGAAGGAAGUGCUGUCUAGUGUACUAAUGGCAGAACAAAGAAAGAAAGAAGAAGAAGAAGAAGUGGAGGAAGUUGAGGUCAUCCAUGCAUGGUCUCCUCCAAGAUCUCUCAGUACCAGCCUAAUGUACUCUUUCAACCAGAGAGAUGAUACAGAAGUGCUUGAUGAACCCCUUUAUGCAAAUUUUCUUCGGGUCACAGGCUAUGAUAGGCCCUAUAGAGAGGAACUACUCUCGACAAUGGAAUCUAAUGGAAAUAAGGUUAUAGAUGAGAUCAUUUUUCGUCCUGGAAAAAAGAAGUACAGGUUCUGUAAGCAAAUAGCAAAGCAUUUGGUUUCUGGUUUAUCGAGUGAUUUAAUAAAGACAGGAAAGCACUUCAUACUGAUACGCAAUCCACUUGAUAUUUUGCCGUCCUUUGACAAGGUUGUGCCACCAUCAUUUAACGAGUUAGGUUUUGGAAGCCUGAUCAGUAUAUAUGGUGAGCUUUCAGCAUUGGGAAGGCCUCCACCAGUCAUUGAUGCAGCUGAGCUUGAAGCAAAUCCUGAGGUUACAUUGCGUGGUCUUUGUGAAGAAUUGGAUAUUCCUUUUCAAGCCACAAUGCUCAAAUGGGAAGCUGGCCCAAAACCAAUAGAUGGCAUUUGGGCUCCAUGGUGGUACAAAAGUGUACAUAAAUCAACUGGAUUUGAACGAGUGAGGAAGUAUCCUGUGCCUUUUCCACUGUCUCUGUAUGAUUUAUUGGAGCAAAGUCAACCUCUGUACAACUGGCUUCGGCGUCGUUCGAAGCACACAUCACAUCUGCUAAAGUCCCCCUUGCCUCCUCCUGAUCUUCCCAUUCCUGAAAAUGCAAAGCUACUUGCAUGGGUUGGUGAUGAGAUUCUACCACGAGAAAGUGCAAAGGUUUCUGUGUUCGACUCUAUUGUCCAAGGAGGUGAUUCAGUUUGGGAGGGACUCCGAGUUUACGAUGGAAAGGUCUUUAAGCUUGAAGAGCAUUUAGAUAGGUUGUUUGACUCAGCUAAGGCUUUAGCUUUCGACAAUGUGCCUACUUGUGAAGAGGUCAAAGAAGCCAUCUUUAGAACUCUGAUUCGAAAUGGUAUGUUUGAUAAUACACACAUCAGGCUAAGUCUAACGCGUGGCAAGAAGGUUACUUCCGGCAUGAGUCCAGCAUUCAAUCUCUAUGGUUGCACACUAAUAGUGCUUCCCGAAUGGAAACCCCCUGUCUAUGAUAAUACACAUGGUAUAACUCUGGUCACUGCUUCUACUCGUCGUAAUUCUCCAAAUAAUUUGGAUUCAAAGAUUCACCACAAUAACCUUCUCAAUAAUAUACUAGCAAAGAUAGAAGGAAAUAAUGGAAAUGCUGGUGAUGCAAUCAUGCUUGACUAUGAAGGUUUUGUGUCUGAAACAAAUGCUACAAAUAUUUUUGUAGUGAAGAAAGGCCAUGUUUUGACACCUCAUGCUGAUUACUGUCUUCCUGGCAUUACCCGUGCUACUGUUAUGGACCUUGUGGUGAAGGAGAAGUUUGUUUUAGUGGAGCGCAGAAUCAGUCUUUCAGAGUUCCAUACUGCAGAUGAGGUAUGGACUACCGGGACCAUGGGAGAACUCACGCCAGUUGUAAAGAUUGAUGGGCGUGUAAUUGGAGAUGGAAAAGUGGGGCCUGUAACCCAACAUCUGCAAGAAGCUUACAAAAAGCUGACAGAAGAUUCAGGAGUUCCCAUCCCAACAUACCAAAAAACUUAAUAAUGAAUGCUUCCUAAAAGGUUUUUCUACUAGCUUAGGGCGUUGGAGCCAGUGGUGGAGAAGUGAAAUUCAUUGAUUCAUAGCCUGAAGUUAGGAUCUACCACUACGGACAAUGCGUACAGAGACUUGAAUAAAAGAGAACUCAUAUUCAUUGCCGUUAUUCAUGAAUCUUCUUUGUGUAAUCUUUUUCCAUUUCUGUUUGUUUCAAAUUAUUACUUUUAGAAUAAAUAAAACUUUCCUUUGAACUUUAA